AUGGGCGACCUACAAUCCGCAAAACAAUUCCUCACAUCGCUGGAUAACAAAACGUCGAAAUACCAGGCCGACCAUGUCUUCGACCCAAAGACGUUUCAGAUGAGAGUACCUUAUGUCCUUCCCAAACUCUCGACACCACCACACCCGCCGCCGCCCAAAUCAGCGCCCACCACCGCUCCAGCACCGGGCGCCGAACCCGCCACUCCGACUGUCACCCUGAUCCUCAAGUCCGCACGAAAUCCUCACAUGACGCUCACGCUUCCUUCGAUAGAACCCACGACGACAACCUUGCAGGCAAUCAAAGAACAAAUCCAGUCCUAUCUGGGUGGACCCAGCGUUGUAGCCACGGAAAAGAUCAAGUUGCUGUGGAAUAAGAAACCUAUUCCGCCGAGUAAGAGGACCAUUCGGGAAGCGCUCGAUGGGAGCGACGUUGUUGCGAAGGGCGGAGAGGUAGAGAUCGGAGUGAUGGUCAUGGGUGGCGCGCCGGAUCCGCCUCCUCAGGCACAGCCUCCGGCACAUGAGGCCAGUAAAGGCACGGCUACGACGGCGACUCCGGCUCCGACUUCAGAAAAGACGGCAGGCGGUGAAGCAACGCCGAUGGAGGGCGUAGAGAGCACGACGGAACCGGUUCAGCCUGGUGGGAUAAGUGGCGAGAAUGUCUUGGAGACGAGUGAAUUCUGGACCGAUCUACAGGGAUUCUUAGAGCAGAGGAUACGAAGCUCGGACGAGGCCGUCAAGUUAAGAGCAGUGUUUGAACGAGCCUGGAGGAGCUCAAGGACCGCUCCUUGA